UGACAAAGUCAUGUGGGCGUUGGAAGGCAGUCCUCCAUGCCCAAGCCCUGUCUCACAGGCUUAAGAGCAGGAUAAAAAGACGUGACCAGAAUGCUUCCAUCCACUCACAUCUGGAGGUGUCUACAGAGUCUGUACUGCGUAUCACCCAGCUCCCGAGCACUCACCAGUCAAGAUGUCCUGCCAGCAGAGCCAGCAACAGUGCCAGCCCCCUCCCAAGUGUGCCCCCAAGUGCCCUCCCAAGUGCCAGACCCCAAAGUGCCCCCCAAAGUGUCCUCCUAAGUGCCCCCCCAAGUGCCCUCCUGUCUCUUCCUGCUGCAGUCUGGGUUCUGGGGGCUGCUGUGGCUCCAGCUCUGGGGGCUGCUGUGGUUCAAGCUCCGGAGGCUGCUGCAGCUCUGGUGGUGGUGGCUGCUGCCUGAGCCACCACAGGCCCCGCAGAUCUUUCCGUCGCCAUCGUCACAGCUCUGGAUGCGGUAGCAGUGGUGGCAGCAGUGGCUGCUGUGGCAGCAGCGGGGGCAGCAGUGGCUGCUGUGGCAGCAGCGGGGGCAGCAGUGGAUGCUGUGGCGGCAGCAGUGGUGGCAGCAGCCAGCAGUCUGGGGGCUGCUGUUGACCUGGGCUGUGAGAACACUUGAAGCUGUGCAGGAGGAAACCAUGUUCAGAAGACCUAGCCCCACCUGCUAUUCUGCCUUCUCCUCCUGUCCUCCAUCUCGAGGUCACUACAGUACUGAAGUUUAACUGUGGAGUUUCUAAAUUUGUUCCUAUAUUGCUUCCUCCCUUCUGGG